GGAUGGCUGUUCGGUCCUGCUGCUCUCAUGUGGGGAAUUAUUCAAUUUCGCUUGGUAGAACGGGGAGAAAUCCCAGUGUUAUUAUGUAUGGGUUCUGAGGUCUAGUCAUCGAUGAUGGUGGCGGCGGCUUGGGCUGGCACGCUGCUACAAACCUGCGCUGCUACAGACCUGCACUGCUACAGGUCUAAGAAUCACGCGACGAGAACAGAAAUUAGCUUGCGUUAUUUCUCUGUGUUUCCAUGCUUAGCUGUUCGGGCAAUCGAACUCGCUGAGGGUGAGCUCCGGUUAAAGAUAGAAAAAAUGGGUGGCCACCCAUUCAAGUCGUGGCUUUUAUCAUUAUAAGUUUCAGACUCUGGGCGACGUCUGAGUCAGAGUCCCUUGCAGGAUGGCUUUGCCGCUCCGUGGCGUCCUGCCUAUCACACAACUAACCAAAUACCUGAUUAUAUCUUUCUUUUUUUCUGUCACUUGUUGAUAUAAGCUGGUGGUUAGGACCACAUUUGGCAACUUUCAUCCGUCCCAUAAUUAAAUUCCUUCUGGGCAACGGCAUUGCUGAAUGACAUGUAUUAUUAGCUUGCUUAGCACAGCCCACAUGUUGGAUGUGUGAGUGUGAAUGCAUUCAUGCUGUGCAGUUGCAGCAACUAUCUGCAGUACGUACCUCAACAAACAUGUUUUCCCCCUUCAGACUGCAGUACCUUGACAUAUAUUAGCCGGGCUCUGUCCAGGUCGUCCGCCAGAGCCAGUUUUGCUGAUCAACGUUGCAUAACAGGAUAGAUGGGUUCCGAGGGGCCUUCUCCCGUCACCGUUCAUGUGACCGGAUUCAAGAGGUUCCAUGGAGUUGCAGAAAACCCGACCGAGAAAAUCGUGCGCAAUCUCCGGUCCUUUGUGGAGAAGAGAGGGCUGCCCAAGGGACUUGUGCUUGGAAGCUGCACUGUCCUUGAGGCGGCCGGGCAGGGCGCACUAGGUCCACUGUAUGAAUUGUUGGAGUCAACUGUACAGGACCGGGAAUAUGGAACACUGAAUCAAGAGCAAGUAAUUCUGCUCCAUUUUGGAGCCAACAGUGGUUCACUUAGGUUUGCUCUUGAGAAUCAAGCUGUUAAUGAAGCUACUUUCCGUUGCCCUGAUGAGCUAGGAUGGAAACCACAGAGGGUUCCUAUCAUGUCAUCUGAUGGAAGCAUCUUGCAUGCAAGACAGACUACACUGCCAGUGAAGGAAAUAAGCAAAUAUCUCCAACAAAUGGGAUACGAUGUGACACCUUCAGAUGACGCUGGUCGAUUUGUGUGCAACUAUGUCUAUUACCACUCUCUUAGGUUUGCAGAGAAACAUGGCAUCAGGUCACUCUUCGUUCAUUUCCCCCUCUUCUCGGCAAUUGAUGAGGAAGUUCAGAUGCAAUUUGUUGCUUCCCUUCUUGAAGUCCUCGCUUCCUUAAAAUCACAGUAAUCUAAUGGUAUAGAUCUGUCCACUUCCAAUGGUGUAUUGUUCCCAAUUUACAAGUGGUGUGAAUAAGAAUGAGUAAUCAUUCAUUGCAUUAUGUGUGCUCCAAAAUGUGUAUAAAAAACUAUCUUAGAAAGCAUGUCCAUGUGGUCCUGAUGUCCAAAUAUCCAAAUGGAUCAUGUGUGCAUGUUCUCAGAGCUAAUGUUUCACUGCCUGAUGCUAUUCAGCACUUGUGUAUUUCCUCAUUAUGAACAACA